AGUAGAAAUGAAUCAAAUGACCUUCGUUUUUGUAUUGAGCUCUAACAUAGUUAUCGAUCCAAAUUCAGUUUCAAAUUCCUUUCAAGAAAAAUUAUAGAACGUGUUAUCCGUCACUUGUGCGUAAAAUUGACAAGAUUCAUCCGGCGACUUUCAAAGUGCGCUUCGUACUGAACCGCAUUCUGUAUGUAGCUGUAAAAAAUGGAUACUGUUAACGUAACAGUUUGUUACGUUGUUUAAGAAACAACGCCUUGACGACAUAAUGAAAACGGUCCAUUGUUAAACAGCAGGAUACAAGCGCACCAACCCUCUAACUCAAAUUUGACUGUUGACACUUGCUUUGUGCUGGUGUAUGGUUUUUGAGCUAAUUUUGUUUUGGUUUCAAACAGAGCAUCUGUGAGACGGACAGGUCUCCCUGCGGGGAGAACACACUGUGUAUUCCCGACUAUCAAGAAAAAAGGGUGCGAUGCAAAUGCAGGGAAGGCUAUACGGGAAAACCAUGCAGUAAGUGAAAUAUCUCAUGAUAUUCUUGCCGCUGGGUUAAGGCUUAUUAAAAAUAGAUACUUAAAUUGAAUUUAUUAUUAUUUUUUUUUUUAUCAACAGAACCCAAAAGCUGCGCUCUACUCCUUCAAGAUGGUUUGACAUCCAGUGGCGUGUACACCAUCAAUCCAGAUGGCGGCAAACCAAUGCAAGUGUUGUGUGACAUGGUCACGGACGGUGGAGGCUGGACAGUCUUUCAGAGGCGCUUGGACGGCUCUGUUGACUUCUUUCUUGGAUGGGAAUCCUACAAAAACGGUUUUGGAAAUCUGAAGGGAGAGUUCUGGCUCGGAAACGACAAUCUUCACCGUUUGACGGCUGCUGGUAACGUCUCACUGAGAGUCGAUUUGGAGGAUUUUGAAGACGACAUCAGAUACGCUGAGUACACGACUUUUAAGGUUGCAGACGAGGAAGAUAAUAUGCAUCUACCAACACUGAACGGUUUCUUAUUCUUUCAUAGUAACCAGCCGUACUCCACGAAGGAUUCAGACAGUUCUGGUGGCUGUCCUCAGACGCAUAAGGGAGCCUGGUGGUACAAGACUUGUCACGGAUCGAAUCUCAACGGAUUAUACCUUGAAGGAUCCCAUUCUUCUUUUGCUGACGGAGUUAACUGGAAUAGCUUUAGAGGGGUUGAGUACUCACUGAAACGUACUGAGAUGAAAGUGAAGUAACGCCCAAGGGUUAAAAAAACGUUGUACGAGGGCAGAGCUACCUUAAAUUUUCAAAUCUUUGAAUUGUCUAUGAGCUACCCCUGCAAGCAUUCCACAUUUACUCCACUCUCUUCACAUUUUGCACAAAUUAGGCUUUGUGGUGCUUGAGGAGCUCUUGAGGCCCUCAACAUGUAACUUUCAGAGUAUUACAAUUAUGGCAAUUAAACUUGGACGAUUUAUAGUGCGUCCAAAAAUAUUUCCUCGUUUUUCGCAGCAUGGAAUGAUGACGUCCUAAGUCGUAGAAAAGUGCUAUUUUGUCUGAACAGCCGCAAUCUUGGAUAUCCGCCAUCUUGAAUUUCAUGACUUUUACAUAACGUUACAAAAACUAUCAAAAACAGGCCAAAAGUGGUCAAAAUCGAUAGCAAGAGCGAAAUCUAUCUAAAAAGUAAAGGUUAAACUUUGUUUCAUUAAAAACAAGAAAGACCAAAACUUAAUGAACAUACCUGUCCAAAUAUGAUUGCUCUUGAGUUCCUUCAAUUUCUGAAAACAGGUACACCACAAUGAACAGACCUUACAUUAAAGAGCGAUAUAAAAUUAUUGAUUUCCAGCGAUUGAGGGUGGUUCCAUAGAGUAACCUUUUGUAGUAUUGUGCGUGCUAGUGUUAUAUUUUGAAAGCUGUUCUUUUUACGUUUCCUUUUACACCUAGUUCACACUAGUUUAUCAAAUGUUAAAAGCCAUGAAGAAAUAGGUGAAAACUAAGAAAAAAAAAGGUAUAAAAACAUGUACAUAGCUAAUAGCUGUCAUCUUUCAACAAACAAAACAAACUAUGCCAAAAUCUAAAUUUACAUGUUUAGCAAGUGACGAACAAAACAUAUAUUCAAUAUUUAAACGCACUUCUCUCGGGGCCACCUGUUUAAGUGUUCCCUUUUUAAAUACCAAACAUGCGUUUUUUGCUUUGUUUAAUCUCGUCAGUUAUAUGUAAGAGAAGUAAGGAAAAACUUAAAAUGGUAUAAAAACAUGUACAUCACUAACUGCUGUCAUCUUUCAACAAACUGUACCAAAAUCUAACAAAACAUACAUGUUGAAAUCAACUGGAUCAGGAAGGCAUUGUCUUGCAAAUUAUCUAGCCUCACAACUCCAAUUUAAAUGAGAUGCCUGUAGCCUUAAUCCCCUAUUUAGAUCAAAAUGUUUAUGUCCCUUGCCGGAGAAGACAUGGAUAUCUUGAUGAUAUUGCUCCUUUGCACAAACGUGUGGUUUCAAAUGAAAUGUAUUUCUUUUCAGCGAUUGAGGGUGGUUCCAUAGGGUAAUCUCUUCUAGUAUUGGGGGCGUUAGUGCAGCAUUUUGAAAGGUGUUUUUUGCGUUCCGUUUUACACUUAGUCCACUCUAGUUUAUCAAAUGUUAAAAGCUAUGAUGAAAUAGUGUUUAAGAGAGCCUGCCUGUAAAAAUCAGACAAAUUCUUAAUUUCGCGGCAAGGGUCGAA